GAAAAUGAAUAGUACUUUUAGCAACAAUUAAUAAUGCAAUAUAUUUGUUUUAUUUUGAAAUAAAAUAUGAAUGAAAGAGAAUAUAGAAAUGGGUCAAAUUCCUGAGUUUUUUUAUUUCCGAUCCAAACCGGAUGUACAAGUGUAGAUAAAUCUCCUUCAAUUAUAUGGUACUGGAUUUAGUGUUUGCAAAAUCAUUGCAUAUGCAAUCUAAUCGAAAAAAUUGUCUAACGACUUGGUAUGAAAUGGUUGAACAACAUUUAAAUUAUACUUUAAAUACAAAAUAUGUUGUCACUAAUUUUUCCAAUAUAAUCUCUGAUAUAUUUUUACAAUCCUUGAGGCUACCAAUACUAUAUGUGUGAAAAUCUAUUUGCCAAAGUAAGAGCCAGAAAAAGCUCCAGAAAUGGCAGUCUGCUUAAUUGAAGCCUCUGAUUCUGUCUCCCCUCGUUUCCAGUUCGAACUCGACGGUUACCUCUCCGUGAGUGCUCCCUUUUCCCGUUUUAUGAUGUUCUCUUAAAAUUCCCUAUAGCUACUUUCUCUGGUGCAAUUUCGCCAACACUUGGCAUGCGCAGUCGUUCUACCUGCAAUCUUAUCCAUAACCAAUCGUGCCUUGCGUGAAUAACUGCAAUGUAGCUUUUGUUUCUUGCGUUUGAAUUCUGUUCAAAGGAAAAAGUCAUGGAGCACUUGCAUUUUCUUGCUAAGCGCAAACGAACUAUGAAAGUUAUGCAUGAACAUAAUGCUCAUAACUUCCCUCUAGAUUAGCAGUUGUUGAAGCCCCUAUCCUCAAAUGGAUAAGGUUACUUAAUAUUCGUUUUUGAAAAACCCUAGAUGCUGUCGGAGUAAAGGAUCGUCACAAGGGCGUUCUAGUGUGUUGUAGUUUCUUAUCCCAGACUUGUAUCAUUGGAUGAUACCAUGUGAAUCGCUAGAAACAGGUACACUGUAUGGCUAACCCAAUAAUGAGAGCUUCAUAAGGGGACUAGAGCAGGCUACAAUGGACGCUAGAUGAAUAGUAAAUAUGCUUGGAAUUAGAGAUGUCCAGAGCAUCCCUUUGGCAAGGUUGCUAUAUGCUUUUCGUUCUUUUAAUUUAUUCUGUUGAACUAUUUUCUACUAGUUGAAAGUUUGUCUACUUCAGAUCAGAUUCAACUGUAUUAUUUUUCUACUCAACAUGACUUCGUGUAUUUUUUUUUGCUGUCGUUCCUCCACAUUCUUACUGUUUGCUGCAGGGUUGCGACUUACACCAGCUCAGGAAACUGCCGUGAGUUGGGUAAGUUUUCUUUUAUCCCGUGAUCACCAGCUUUUUGUCUCUAAUACGGUCUGUUAUUCAAGAUGUACUCUUCAUUUCAUUCAUGUAGAUAUUAAAGGAUGGGAUGCAACAUGUAGUAAAGCUAAUAUGUCUGCAAUUUUGGGUGCUAGAAUGGACUCUGAGCCAAAAGCGUUGGAGAAUACUGGGUUCUCUUUCUUUUCUCUUUAACCUUGAGUUUUAUUUUCUGCAAACACCCCUUCCCCUUCUUCAUGGAUUUGAGAAGAUUAGUGUAGAUAACAUUGUUGUCUUUGCAGCUGAUCUGCUGUAUGAUUUGGGCAGCGGAUUGGAAGUUCUUUCUCCAUUGUGCCCUAGUCUCUUUCUUGAGGUGGCUGGCCUUGGCAAUUUUACUAAGGUAUAUGCUGGUUGUUGAAAGGGAAUGGCAGUAGUUGCAGCAAAGGCAACAAGGUGUGUUAGGAAUGGGAGUAGGGAUCCAAUUAGCACCUACCGUUUGUUCCACUGUGCAGGGGAAGUUAGCAAGAAAAUAAGAACAAAUUCAUGGAUAGCAAACCCAGCAAGAUUUAACAUAAAGAACUAAUCACCAAAACCAUAUAAUAAUUUGAGCGUUGCAUCCUUAGGAAGUAAAAUUAAGGAGAAACACACACAUAUUGUACUUAGAAGCUAAACAUAUACCGUCUCACAAGGGCCAUAUGCUGGCCGAAACAGAUGUGUUUCUUCACUGGAUUGUUUAAUUUGAUUGCAAAUUGCAAGUUUAAGAGCACAUCUCCAAGACUGUCUCACUUUGUAGUUUCAUCAACCUGACUUCUUACUUGGUUUUGCUGACACAAAAUUCUGCAUUAUGCUAUAAAAACAAGGAUAAGAACUCUUUGUUAGAUUCUGCCAAUCUGCAGGAAGAAAGUGAGAAUGGAAGAAAGUGUAGACUUUGAAAUCAAAGUUUUGGUUUCAAACCUUGUGAAAAAUAUCCUUUGAAUCAAGUGUGCUGCUUGAAUAACCCGGAAUGAUCCUUUUCCUCGACAGAGCAUUGUGCAACUGCAACCCAUAAAAACUUUUAUACUCGUGAGGUUUUCUCGUCUACUCUUCUUUAAGCAAUGAAGAACUAGAGUGCAUCCCACCUUUAUUUGUUUAUCAAGUUGCAUUGGUUUGAGUAGCUUUGCUUGGGGACAAGCAAAUGCAUGUAUUGUUUACAAUGCAUCUUUUUUGUUUUUGUUUUUUAACAGAUACAAUAUAUGGAUUGUUUCUGUGAUGUGACAAAGUUAUCACUCAUUUUGAGUGAUUGUUAUAUCUCAACUUUUAGUUCUGAUUGUUGAGAUAGUUGAGUUGAGAUUGUUUUGUCUCAACUUUUAGCUAAUGCGACAUACCCAAUCACACAUACCAAACGUUAUAUUCUACAAUGCAUCAAAUUCGACAAUACAUGUAUAAUAUGCAUUCUCAACAAUACAUCUAUUUAACAAUCGGCAACUUCCAAACCACCCUAUAAUCUCCUACAAAUGAAUGAAUAAAGCACAAAUGAAUGAAUAAAGCAUGGCACCUUGUCUUUUGUCCUAUUAGGAGAGUACUUAGUAAUUAGUAUAGCACCAUGCUUUUGUCAUGGUUUCCCCCCCAAAAGAAAGAAAUAUGUGUUUUGCUUAUAGUAUAGGCCCCACUCCGAGGCGGCCUCCUCGCCCCCAUCCUUUUAUUAUAUUUUAACCACCAAACCCUUGUCCCCAUUCUCAUCAUUUUUAUCACACACUUGCACAGAAGCACAUGUAAGUAAAGCAAGCAGAGAGAUACGAAACAGAGAGCACAUCCUUCCUUUGUAUUGCCUUGCUCUGCUCUGUGUUGUGAAGGUGGUGAAGCAAGGCAGGGAGAGCGCGAAGAUGGUUCGAGCGCCAUGCUGCGAGAAGAAGGGGCUGAAGAAGGGGCCAUGGAGCGGAGAGGAAGACCAGAUUCUGGUCAAUUACAUUCACCUCCACGGCCACGGCAACUGGCGCGCCCUCCCCAAGCUCGCCGGGCUGUUGAGGUGCGGCAAGAGCUGCAGGCUCCGGUGGACCAAUUACUUGAGGCCUGACAUCAAACGUGGCAACUUCUCCCUUCAAGAGGAACACACCAUCCUUGAAUUGCACAACCUCUUGGGCAACAGAUGGUCGACGAUAGCGGCAAAAUUACCUGGCCGAACGGACAACGAGAUUAAAAAUGUGUGGCACACUCACUUGAAGAAGAGGGCCGCCAACCACGACGACACCAAUAAUAAUCAUCAUCAACAACAGCCUACUACUAAGAAGCGACGAUCCGCCUCCAAAAAAUCCAAGGCCGCCAGCGUUAAGGCGGAUCAACAAACCAAACCGACGGCGGCGGAGGAGGCAGAGGCGGAGGAGGAAUUAAAGUCAUCAUCUCCAGGCGUGGCUCCUCCGCCUGCUUCGCUGCUGCGGCAGUACUCCAGCGACGACGUGUCCUCCCUGACGACGGGGGACAACGGUGGGACACAAAGCAACGGCGCGAAGCCUGAGGAUUUUUCUUCCACGGAGGAGAUGGACGAGAGUUUUUGGUCGGAGGUUCUGUCGGCGGACAGCUCUACCUCGACCGAUCACGAUUUCCCGGCGGCGGAACUUGGAUCCGGGUUAUACGAUAAUCCGUUGGCUUCGUUUGUGAGUAGUGAGGGUGAUGGGCCGAAAGGUGGUGAGGAGGAGGAGGCUGCAGCCCUGGCCCACUCGAUUGUGGACUAUACUAGCAUGGACUUUUGGUACAACCUUUUGACCGGUGACAACAAUAAGGAGUUAUCUCAACUCCCACCCAUUUGAGAAAUCUUUUGUUUGUUUUUCUUCUUCUUAGACUUUAGGGAGGGAGGGUAUGAUUACUUAUUAGUGUUUUUUUAGUGAGGUCUUCCCUUCUUCGGGUCCGUCACGAUCCCGAUCUGAUCAUCUUUGCUUUUACUUUCUUUUAGGUUCGACCGUUGUGAUUUUGCUGUUCAAUUUGUCGACAAAUAAUUCAGAGUAACAAAGGCGAACCAUCUGAAGGAUAAAUUAAAAACUUUUAAGAAAGCCCAAUCUCAUUUCUUGACACCUUUGCAAUAUAUAUAGAACUUUUAAUUGCCGAUGGAUAGCUUAAACAUGGGCUAUUUAAUGCGAGCUAUUUACUAGUUCAACUUGUCACUCGGGUUUUCAUAUAAAUGAAACGAUGCAAUCGAA